ACCGUAUAGUGCGUGUUAGUGUUCCUGUAGCCAUGCUGAGCCAGUGUAUACAUACUCAUCCCACCCUCUAGGCGUGCUCCAGCUCUGAUUGGCUGGAUAUGAUUCAGUAAUGGGCGCUGCCCUGAACGUCCCUCCUCCAGGCUCGCUGAGUGAGUGGGAAGUGUGAGUGCGCGCGUGUGAAAGCAGUGUGUGGUCAGUCAUGUCUGUGUGCUCAGAAUCCGGCUUCUCCAGCGAGGAGGUGCUCAGUCUGCGUUUCCCUUUACAUCGCGCCUGCCGAGAUGGAGACCUAAGCUGCCUCCGCUCACUACUGCAGGGCCCUCCGGGAAACACCGCGCUGCAGCUCGGCAAGGAGGACUCCUGCUACGGCUGGACCCCCAUACAUUGGGCCGCGCACUUCGGCAAGCUGGAGUGUCUUAUUCAGCUGGUUGGAGCAGGAUGCUCAGUGAAUGCCUCUACAACUCGGUUUGCACAAACUCCAGUUCAUAUUGCGGCUUUCGGGGGUCAUCCCCAGUGUUUGAUGUGGUUGAUUCAAGCAGGUGCACAAAUAAACAAACAGGUGAACUGUUCAAAAUUUAGCAGGGAUUAUGUUGGUGAAACCCCUGUCCAUAAGGCAGCAAGGGCUGGUAGCAUGGACUGCCUAAAGGCCCUAAUAUCCAAUGGAGCGCAAAUAGACAUCAGGAAUGCCAGUGGUUUGACUGCUGCCGACCUUGCACACUCACAAGGGUUCAGAGAUUGCGCCCAGUUCCUCCUAAACUUCCAGAACAGUCGGCUCAACGGUUUCUAUUGUAGCAGCUCCUUAAAUGGUGUUCACGAGAGCACCCCAUCUAAUCACCUCAAUGGGAUUGCUAACCGCAAAAGGUCCUUCAAUGACUUUGAGGCUUCCGCAUUCAAGAAACCUAGAACAGAAGUGAAUGGGUUUGUAGCUGCUAAUCCUGAGUUUAUGACUGGAGGCUUGGAGGAAGAUGAUGAGAAUAUGCACGUUGAAACUCAAUGCAUGGAGAUAUCAGAUGUCAACAGUAGCGCACUCUUCAGCACACUUACAAAUGGACAAGCGACCAAUGGAGACACCGCAAAUCUCCGCAAAUCUAGCCCAGGCAAAUUCCUUUCUUCUCCCAAUGGAUUCAGCAGUGUCACCAUAAUAAAUGGGAACAGAGAACACCUGGACCAACAUGGCAAUCUUACUGAGAACAAAGAGCAGCUUGUGAAUUCUUCAAUGUGCCGAUCUUUGCAUACAAAUGGAAGUCCUACUAGUUGGGUUUCUCAAAAACCAUCCUGGGCUAAUGGUCUCGGGGAGAGCUUACAUUUUGGACAUUACCAUGGAUUUGGGGACACAGCUGAAAGCUUUCCUGAUCUCAGCAGUGUUGAAGAACAUUCCAAUACAGUCCAAGUUGAGCAUAAAUACAACAGCACAUUUAUAAGCACGCUCCAUCAGUACCAAGGAUUCUAAGAAGCAAUAUACCUGCUAAACUUACAUUUUUUUUUUAAACAACUGUUAUUCCUAAAAACUACAGAAUUCCCUUAAAAUGUAGUUUUACUAUGACAUUAGGUUGCACCUUGUAAAUGACAUUUCAAACAAAGAUUCCAUCAUGCAAGUUCUUUUCUCUUGGAAGCAGAUGAGAUAUUUUGCCUCAAAGUAGUUCUGGACAAAAAGUACAGUCUAGAAUAAGAUUGGCAACUCUUUGAAAGAGUAUUUUGUUUAGAUAAAACUUUUUAAUUUUUUUUCCCCAGUACUAUGCAAGUGGUGAUUAAAAAAAAAAAAAAGAUAUUCCGGUAAUUAUUUUUGUAGCAACGUGUUUUCUAAUUUUGAAUUAUUCUCUACAUAGAUAUUUACUUGCGUUAGUUCUGCCUUGCCAAGUUGCAUGUACUGCAUUCUAGUAUCAUAAUCACCUGCAUAUCCUUUAUUUUCUAUUUUAUGUGAUGGAAAUGGCUGCAUUUUUGCUUUGAAAACAUGUUCAUUUAGAAAGACACACCAAGGCACAUUUAUCAAGGGUCGAAUUUCAAAUUCUUGUGUUUUUUCGCAUGAAUUUGAUUAUACUCGAAAUUCAAAUAUUCGACUAUUUAGUAAUAAGAUCAAAUAUGUAAAACUCGGAUGAAUUUUACAGACUCUGAAACUUGAGUCGAAUGCGGCCAAACUCGAUUUGAGUUUUUUCGAAUGUCAGGAAGGCUACAAACAUCACCAAAUCGAUCCCUGGACCUCUCCCAUUGACUUCUACAGUAAUUUGGCAGGUUUUAGAUGACAGUCUAAUUUGAAUUCUUAAGGGGCCACAGUAUGAUAAAUCUCAAAUUCGAAUUCAAAUUUUUUUAAAAAAAACGAAUCAUUUGGAUAAUUCCCUAGUCAAAUUUGACCGUUUUGACCAAAAAAAAAAUAGAGAAUUUGAAUUUUCAAUUCGACCCUUAAUUAAUCUGCUCCACCGUAUAAGUAAACUUCACUUGUUGCAGAAAAGAAUGGGGAUUUUUUUUUAUUGUAAUUUUGCAAGCAAUAGGUAAUAAUGCUUCCAUCUAAAAUAUCAGUCCCAUUCUAGACAUAAUGGUGGUGUCCUUGGCAUCAGCAUGUUUUUUACUUGUAAGCAUCAUUUAAUGUUCCAUUGUUUUUUGGGGGGUUUUUUACUACUUUUUGAUGUGGCAGUUGUGCUGCCUGUCACUAUUGUAGUGUUGAUAUUCUUAUACAAACAGAAGCCUUUUUGUAUAAAUGUGUUUUUGCUUUUUUGUAUAUUUUGUAUAUUUGUCGAGAUUCACUUUUGCACAUCAUUGACAAAUGUUAGUUUUCCUAAAAUUUAAAAAUCUUAUCUGGUAAUUGUUUUCAGAAAAAAGCUUUAACCUAUGGUGUAUAACGUUCUACUGCAUUUAUUUUUUGUUGAAUAUUGGCAGAAUUGUUUCUUUUCUUUAAUAUAAAUGUUGUCUUUUUUUCUUUUUCUUGUAUUUUGCAAAUGGAAAGCAGGACCCUAAUAUUUUGAAUAAAAUCCUAGUUAUUGCACCAGU